CUGAUUUUCCACUGCACACACACCCUCAACCUCAAAUCAAACAAAGACUGUUUAAAGCAGUUACCUGAUAUCUACAGUUUCAGAUUUUGUUCCUGAAAACAUCAGCAUCCUUGGAUUUUUAACAGCUGGAGUUUGAACUGGAUAAAGGAGAAAAUGACUGCAGUGAGUUCGUCGCUCUGCUGUACUCUGCUGCUUUUUGUCUGUGUGUUUGCAGAUCAGAAAAUCAUCACAGCUGAGUCUGGACAGAACGUCAUGCUGCCGUGUCGAGCUCCAAAUGAGAACAAAAACAACACAGUAGUAGAGUGGAGCAGACCUGAUCUAAAUCAAACAUAUGUCCUUUUGCACCGGGGUGAGCACUUUGAUCCAGCAAGCCAGCAUCCAUCUUUUAAGAACCGGGUGGAGCUGCAGGACAGACAGAUGAAGGAUGGAGACGUGUCUGUGAUUCUGAAGGAUGUGACAACUGCUGAUAGUGGAACAUACGAGUGUCGCAUCAGGAAGAGAGGCAGAGGUAUUCUCAAAGGUGACCCCAACAGCAUCAUCACCCUGAUUGUUGUUGAUCCUCCAGGAAGCGUCAGCAUGGGAGAGAAGAUAACUGCACCAUUUAGACUCAUCAUCACUCUGUCAGUUUUUGCUGUGCUUCUUGUUGGUGGGUUUUGACCUACAGAAACAUGAAGACAAACAGACUCACCUGAAACAGCCUGUCUGAAAUUUCUCUGAUGUUUUUGUUUCUUUGUUGUUGUUGUUGUUUUUUUAACACUAUGAAUGUCCAGCUUAACGUUCAUUACUCUGUGUUUUGUGACAAACUUUAAGGUAACCUGUAUGUCACAUUUUGUUUUUACUGAGUACUAAGAACAACAGUUAAUCAAACUGAAUAAUGCUGUGAGAAGUAUUGUUUUUAUCCGAAUGUUUUAUCUGACAUUUGCUUUGUUCUGAAGGCCUGGGCCUGGUUUCAUCCUGAUAAAAAAUAUUUUUUCUUUUUUUGUUUGUUUUUGUUAUUUCUUCAUUGAUCUUGUAAUCCUGCUGACUUCUGUCCUACUUGUUCAAAAAAGAAGCUGGAUAGGAUCACACUGAACCACUAACAGCAUCUGGAUAGUGUAGUGGUAAGACUACACACCUUUGGAGUGGGAGUCACAAGUUCGAUUCCCACCCGGUAUCCAGUAAGGGUCCUGGAUAGACCCCCCGUGCUAAAACCAAGCCCUGUGGCGCGGCUAUGUCUGCAGCCUGUCCGCAGCUCGGACAGAAGAAUUUCACUGCAUGUUGUACUCUGUAUAAUUGUGUAUGUGACAAAUAAAGGUUGUUGUUUGUAACAGACAGCAGGGGUGUCAAAGACGAGUCCUCCGGGCCAGGAUAGACUCCAAUGCCGUCUGCUGGACAGCUUUGGAAAAUAUGAAUGAUGGUAGAAUUUUUUGACUUAACUCUAUUUUCCAAAGUCUAAGGAGCUUGGAAAGAAAAGCGUCUGGACUUCUUUAAGUUGCUUGAAGACGUUUCACCUCUCAUCCGAGAGGCUUCUUCAGUCUCAGGGUGGAGAGUCCCAGAUCUAUUUGCAAAACUUUUACAGUUAGAAAGAGGUCCCGCAUUGCCAUUCAUACAACACCAAAAUAGUUAAGAAAUAAAUAAUGACAUCACAGAACA